GAAGAAGGAGUUUUUCCGUAAUUUUUUCACCAUCAUGCUUUUUGGAGUAAUUGGUGUGUUUAUUUCAUUCGCCAUUAUAUCAGCAGGCACAUGGUGGCUUUUUCCAAAGAUUGGUUUUCAUGGGCUUGGUAUUGAGGAUUAUCUUGUUAGCUCUAGGAACAAUUUUCUCUUCGACAGACACAAUCUGUACACUGCAGGUCUUGCAUCAGGAUGAGACUCCUCUUCUAUACAGUCUGGUGUUUGGGGAAGGAGUUGUAAAUGAUGCUACGUCUGUGGUUCUUUUUAAUGCUAUCCAAAAAAUUGAUGCUUCACACAUGGACUCUCACAAAGCACUCUCUGUACUCAAAGAUUUCCUCUACUUAUUUUCAACUAGUACUAUGCUUGGGGUUGCUGCUGGACUUUUGACUGCUUAUGCACUUAGAGCCCUAUAUUUUGGUAGGCACUCGACUGAUCGUGAAAUAGCUUUAAUGGUCUUGAUGGCAUAUCUCUCUUACAUGUUGGCAGAGAUAUUGCAGUUGAGUGGCAUCCUCACUGUCUUCUUUUGUGGCAUUGUAAUGUCGCAUUAUGCAUGGUACAAUGUGACUGAAAAGUCAAGAAUCACAACGAGGCAUACAUUUGCUACAUUAUCAUUCAUCGCAGAAACAUUCAUCUUUCUAUAUGUGGGAAUGGAUGCUCUUGAUAUAGAGAAAUGGAAAAUGACAAAGACCAACACACAGACAUCCUUUGGCAUUUACAGUUCCGUGAUGCUCCUAACAUUGCUUGGACGAGCUGCAUUCGUGUUCCCCCUGUCUGCUCUAUCCAACUACAUGAGCUCAGAUGCUGGAAAGUCAUUAAUCACAAUCAAACACCAGAUUGUAAUCUGGUGGGCAGGGCUGAUGAGAGGAGCUGUUUCUAUUGCCUUAGCAUUCAAGCAGUUCACAUCCUCUGGUGUUGCAUGGAAUCCAGUUACUGCAACAAUGAUCACCAGCACUGUUGUUGUUGUCCUUUUCAGCACUUUGGUGUUUGGAAUCCUAACAAAGCCACUUAUAGAUCACCUUCUACCUCCUCAUGCACAAGAACAUCAAAACAACAAGCAUGAGAUGAACAACAGCCCCAGAGAAGAAUUAAACCUUCCAUUGCUAUCAAGAGAUGAUAGCUGGCCAACAGAUGCAGGGAGGAGGCUGUACAGUUCCAGUAGAAUUCCCCCAAACAUUGGCACACCAGCUAGGCUCCGGUUUCUUCUUGCCGAUGUACUCCAAGUUUAUAUUAGCCAGCUCCACAUCACUGCAUGGAUAAUCUUUACUGCAAGUCAGCUUAAUCGCCACUUCGUUACGGUAUGUUCCAUGAAUGUUCCUGAACUUCACACAGCUUAUUUUCACCUUUGA